AUGGCGGCUUCUACCUCCGCUGAGCCAAGGGCGAUCUGUCCUUGGCCGUUUCUGAAUCUGGCGUCGGCCACGGAGAAGCCUUCGCCGCCUCUGGCACAGGCCGCCACACCGAAGACCUUUGCUUCCGUCCUUUCUGGGUCUGUUGAGUCCACGGUGGCUCUUAGCCAACUACCUACUCCAGUCAUUCGUGGUGAUAUGACUUACGUCAAGAUUAAUGAAGCGCUGUAUCAGGAACAGUUGAAAACUUUCAAGACUAAUUUGAUUGGUCGACUACUUCAGCGUAAGGGAUCGACUCCAUUAAAACUUCAUGAUUUGAAGGCCUCUCUUACUUCUCUUUGGAAACCCUCAUCACCAUGGCGGUUGGUUCCUUUAGGGAGGGCCUAUUUUGAUAUUCACUUUGCUACAGAGGAAGACAUGCGGAGAGUUUGGGGUGGAGGUACCUGUACGUUGGCUAGUGGGUUGUUUCGUCUAUCACAAUGGCAGCCUGAUUUCAAGCCUGGGGACACUCUCCCUCAGACCCAUUCUCAAAUCUGGGUUAGGUUUUAUGGACUGAGUCAAGAUUACUGGCACCCGCAACAUCUAAUGGAGAUUGCUCGUGGAGUAGGCACACCUUUGCAAUUGGACAGGGCAACUAAAGAAAGAGAAUUUGGCUACUUUGCUAGGGUUCUUGUGGAUGUUGGAAAGAAAAUUUGGCUACUUUGCUAG